CCUCUCGCAAUUCGAUCUCAUCCUCUCUCGAUCUCGAUCUUCAUCUCUCUAUCUGCGUUUGUCUGCUUAGUUAAAGAUGGAGAAAUCAUCAUCAUCGAGGCCAAUGACCCCGGCCCUCUUCAUCACGGUGGCUGUGUUGCUGCUGGCAGCAGCAGCAGCACCGAAGGCAGUGGCGGUGACUUGUGAUGCAAAGGAGCUGCUGGCAUGCCUGCCGGCAUUCGAGGGAUCGCCGACUCCGUCAUCUGAGUGCUGCAGUAAGCUCAAGGAGCAGCAGCCGUGCCUGUGCGGUUACCUGAAGGAUCCCAACCUCAAGAAGUACUGGGGCAGCCCUAAGGCCAAGACGAUUGCCGAUGCUUGCGGCGUUCCCUAUCCUCCCCAGUGUUAACAAUUACAAAUAUUCAUAAGAAUCAAACAAUAAAAUUGAGAAAAAAAAAAUUUAAUAGAUACGGAGGAGUACAUCAAGACGAAGAAGAAAGAAUCAUGCAUAUAUGGCGGCAUACAGAUGAAUGUCGUGCGUACGGAAUGUUAUGUCCCCGUUAUAAAUAACAAAAUUGCUACUGGAAUUGCUAUCUUCAAAGAGUCUACGGCCUACAGUACUGCUUAAAU